CGCGCUAGUGGCAGACCUACACAGUGCCGUGGCGUUUAGGGUGCUUGAGUGUCCGCACCAACUCUGUUACAGCGAGAGCCGCGGCUUCAGCCCCAGCUGUCCACAAACCGAGAGCAGGUUGUAGUCCGCGAACAGCGAAGCGAAGGAAAAGAAAAGUAGUUGUUGAGGAAGGGAAACAGGUCGGCUACUGCGGGUGCUGCUGCCGCUGGGGAGGGAUAUUUCAGGUGCACUUUGUUAGCAGACUUUGAUAGGUCGUUUGCUCCGCAUAUUACCGGACGGAAGAUACCAGAAGUAGAAAGGGAACCGAGUUGGACGUUUCCUUUCUUCCGCAAAAAAAGAGACUUUGCCCUCUCGUAAAUGCUCCAGAUGGCAUCAACUGAGUCGCGGCUCCAGCAGCAGCCCUCGCAGAAGGAUGCAGCCGACCAGAACUUUGACUACAUGUUCAAGCUGCUGAUCAUUGGCAACAGCAGCGUGGGGAAAACUUCCUUCUUGUUCCGCUAUGCCGACGACUCCUUCACCUCCGCUUUCGUCAGCACCGUGGGCAUCGACUUCAAGGUCAAGACUGUCUUCCGCAAUGACAAGAGGAUCAAGUUGCAGAUCUGGGACACGGCAGGGCAAGAACGCUAUCGCACCAUCACCACAGCCUACUACAGAGGAGCCAUGGGCUUCCUGCUCAUGUAUGAUAUCACUAACCAGGACUCCUUCAACGCAGUUCAGGACUGGGCAACGCAAAUCAAGACAUACUCGUGGGACAAUGCUCAGGUGAUCCUGGUUGGUAACAAGUGUGACCUGGAGGAUGACAGGCUUAUACCCACAGAGGAUGGCCAGCGACUGGCUGAGGAGCUAGGUUUUCAGUUCUUUGAGGCCAGUGCCAAGGACAACAUCAACGUUAAGCAGGUGUUUGAACGUCUAGUGGAUGUUAUCUGUGAGAAGAUGAACGAGAGCAUGGAAGGAGACGCCAACCUCAUAGCCAACCACAGCAACCAGGGCCUUAAAGACUCACCUUCAGAGAGCCACGGGGGCUGUGCUUGCUAAACCAUCUGCCUUCUUAGUCUCCAAACACACACACACACACACACACACACACACACACACACACACACACACACACACACACACACUGAAGAAUAACUUGUCUGUGCCUCAACCAUGAAAAGUGCCGCACCUCCCCUUUCACUUGAGCCAUACCGAGCUCUGCCCCAUCCACACAGCACAGAUAAUCUUCAUCAGCACAUCCUCCUCCUCCUCAGACCUGUCUUUCCUUCAAAGAGACCCACUCUGUCGCUUUCUUUCUCUUAAGGGUUAAGCCUGCAGACUUUAAGCCUCCACAUACACCACUUUGACUGCUGUAGCCCCAUUAACUACCACUUGAAAUCUAGUGAAACAUUUAUUCAGUGCAUUCAGUUUUCUUAGACAAAUAUUUUUAUAGACAGCAACAAGCUAGCUAGCAGUUUAUCUUGAAAAUUUUGAUUUGAUCGAUGAACUGUUUAAAUGUGUUAUACUGUAGAAACUAGUUAUGUCAUGUUCCAAUAGGACUUCUCUUCGGUCUAAUAUUUAUUAAGGUAUUGAUUUCUGAUGGAUUUUAGCAGCUCCAAGAAGUUUUGUGCUUGAUGAGUCUUGUCCAGGAUGCUCCCCUCUAGGGACUGAUUAAAGGGAGGAAACAUGAAUGAGUCUUGCACAGCGUGCUGAAAGUUUUCAGCAUUGCCAACCCUCAAGGGCAAGUUUGACAAGAACUUUGCUUUCUUGUCAGGAGUAAAAAAAAAAAAAGGUACCACUGCUGCUUAUGGUAAAUAAAGCUACUGCCUAGAGCUGGUUAACUUAGCCAAGCAUAAAGACAUCGAUAUACUAAACUUCAUAUUCAAAACAUGCUGAUUUUUUCCAGUCAGAAUAUAGUAAAUCAGCUGCAGUAGAAGCGUAAUAACUACUGUACAAACACGUGUGACCAAUCUUCUCUUCAAACCUAAUGAAGGAACUGUUUGAGUUAUGUUUAAGUCCAGUCUAGAGCUUCCCUUCACCUCUUCUUCUUGCUGUUUACUAAAUGUCAGGUCUGCCACACAGUGUGAUGUACUAGUGUCAGCAAGCCCCUCAUGUGACAUGCCCUCAGUCACCCCAUUGUGCCACUCUUUUUUUUUAACGCCUUCUAUCUCACACACACAAAUACACACACACACACACACUGCUCCCUUAACUGUAGCAUGACACUGUGUUUAGUAGGUGAGCAGUUACAAUGUGGUGAAUUAUCUUUUUUUUUUCCCUUUGUUUGUUACUGACACGACUGUUUUCAAGAAGUGCAGCACAUUACGUGUGUUUGUGCCCAGAAAGGGGGACAACCACUGAUCUGUGAGGACGAUAAGUCCGGACACCAAACAUGCUGUUGCAACUAUCAGGAGGAACAGUGAGCCGGUGCAGAGCAUCACUUUAUUCCCCGUUACUGUUAUAAAUCAAUGUGAAUAAAAUGCCGUUUUAGAAUGACUCCACAUAAUUGUAUUUUAUACAUCUUGUUUUGUUCCUGCUGUUUGGACAAGAUUUCAGUGUUGAAAGGUCAGUUUGACCCUCCUGAAAACGUCAUCCUGAUGGGAAAGAUUGAAAUUUGGAGCAUCUUUUGGAUUUCACCACAAAUCAGGGAUGGGAAAAAAAGAAUUGUAUGUUUUGUUUUGUUUUGUUUUUUAAAAUCUUUUUAUUUUUAUUAUUACCAUCCAUGUGCAGACUGUUGACUGUCAGUUAGUAUUAACCAUAGCCUCUGUACAGCGAUAGCAGCCUCAUGCUGCUAACUGCUGGUCAGCCCACUCCCUGCUACUGUACGAGCCUGCGGCCACUUAUCUCUCCUGUCAGCAUGUGCUGCUGAAUAGUGAUAUAGUUUGACAGGUAUUAGAUGUUAUCAUAUCACGUGUCUGUGGCAUGCUGCGUUUUGAUGGAGGGGUCUAAAAUAGGGAAGUUGUGUGCAAGAUCAGUAAUUCAUAACACUAUUUGUAUUAUAUCAUGCAGUUUUGCAGUGUAUUAAAAUGGCAUGCAAAAACCAUGUUUCUCUUACUGAGCUUCUGAUGGGGACUGCUGCUUGAAACAUGCUGUUCUGCUCUGUCCACUGAUAUCACAUUUUAGUUCAGCAGGUAUCUGCCAUUGUGCUCAGACGCUCUUGUGCAAACAGGUUUGAACCUCCGCUUUUAGUCCUAGAGAUGUUCUUUCUUUCUUAUGCUUAUGGCAUAUGUAUUUUAAUGUGUUACAUUCCUGAUUGAUAGCUUUAUAAAAGAUGGGAGAUUAGAUCCUUUGUGCCGUUUACUAUAUCUUCUGAAUGUGCAGGGUGAACCCAUUGUUUGGAAAGAAAAAAGUGCAUCUUAUAUGAAAAUAAAGAAUA